AUCGUUGCUCCCAGAGAUCCAAAGUUCGGAUCCGGACUGGGAUAAAACCCGGAGCGCUCCAGAGCUUCGGCACACAGUCUCCUGUCCUGCAGUGGGUCCAGGUCUCUCCGUCCUCAGUGAAGAUGAAGUCCAGUUUGUUCCUGGUGGCGGUUCUGGUGUGCGGCCUGGUCGGCGCUCAGCCGGGCGGUCAGCCGGGCGGUCUGCCUGAGCGGGUCCAGAAGCUGGAGGCGGACAACGACGUCCUGACCAAAUCCAGGGUGGCGUUCUCCGCCGCGCUCUUCAACGUCGACAGCAACACCUGGACCACCAAGGGCCCGGUUGGAGCUGAUGAAACUCUGAAGUUCGAGAAAGUGAUCACCAACAUCGGCAACGGAUACGACCCGGCAACAGGUAUCUUCACCGCCCCGGUCACAGGGCUCUACUACAUCCGGGCCACUGGAAUCGCCGGUCCGAACGGUGAGCUGCAAGCCGGGGUGAAGAAGAACGGAGAAAACAUGUUCACCAUCUUCCACAAAGCAGGAACCCAGUCCGGCGCCUCCAACGGGAUGGCGAUGGUUCUGCAGCAGGGAGACCGGGUCUUCGUCCAGCUGUGGGCCGGGAAGAGCAUCGCUGACCAGGGCCGCCUCAGCACCUUCACCGGGUUCCUCGUCUUCCCCAUUUAGAUGAAGGUCGUCCUGAACCAUGGCAGACAUCUUGGUCAAGAAGCCCAGCAGGAAGUCUGCUGGAUGGCUGUCAAAUUAAAAGCACUGAUGAAUAAAAAUCAGUUCAUCAGAUCUCACAGAAAUAAACUCCUGAAAACCAACAA